AUGGCGAGGCCGUCGGCGCGUGUCACCAGGCAUUCUCUCAGGCCGGGAGCGGGUGGUCUCACUCCCGCAACUACCCUAACAGAAGCGCCAUCCAGUCCAGGGCUUGAUCCUGUAGUCAUGCGCUCCAACGAGGAACCUCGCAGGCCUGGAAGCACUGAAGGUGUUGCUCCUGAGGAUGACCUCCGCCUCUCCCAAGAUUCUGGGUCGCUUACCAUUCCGAGCAACGACGAAACUAAAGUUCCACCGUCUGAAGGCCAUGCGAUAGCUCUCGGGGCUGGUGUCACAGAAGCACUUACCGUGGUUGCAAAGCUCCAAACCCUGGGCCUGGAUCAAUACGAGAUCCCGUUGCCCAAAUGCGUCGUCCUAGGCGACCAAUCCACUGGGAAAAGCUCCGUGAUAGAGGCGAUCUCCGGUAUCAAAACUCCUCGUGCGACUGACACCUGUACGCGCUGCCCUCUUUUCAUCAAAAUCGAACCGGCGAAGGAUCCAGGCGCCCGCUGGGAAGCUUGCGUGUUUCUACGUCUCCGAUACGUACACGAGCCUCAGCGUCGGGGCGGAAAUGAACAACGAUUUCAAGGGUGGAUACAAUUGCCGGGAGAAUCCGAAGAAGUGAAGUUCGCGAAAACAGACUCACCAGACGAACUGGAGAAUCUCAUUGCAAGGGCUCAACUAGCAAUACUAAGCGGAGGGAUUGAGCACCAGCUUUUUCUCCAUGGACCGCUCGAGGAACUGGAAAAACACUAUCGGCGUGCAGAUUUCAGUCCAAACUGUGUCUGUAUUUACAUCUCCCACCCAGGACUUGCCUCUCUUUCGUUCUAUGACCUCCCGGGAAUCAUUGGACAAUCCGAGGAUGAUAAGACACACUUCCUCGUAAAAUUUGUCAAAGACUUAGUCACGGAAUACGUCCAGGACAAGGAAUCUCUCAUUCUAGUCGCCUGUUCACUGGAGAACGAUAUCCAUAAUUCAACGGCGGCUGGAAUUGCACGGGAGCUGAACGCCACCGAUCGUUGCGUUGGCGUCUUGACAAAGCCAGACAGGCUUCCAGCCGGCAGCCGGGUCGACAAGAUUCGAGCCAUAUUGGAAGGCAGAAGCUUCAAACUCGGCCACGAUUAUUUCGUUGUGAAGAACCUUGGACAGCAGGAGAUCAAUGCAGGCUUCACCAACCGAGAUGCGCGCGCGGAAGAGGAAAAAUUUUUCAGCACUGUUGAGCCGUGGGCCACGGAAUUGCAGUCACAUAAAGAUCGGUUUGGCACGGCAGCUCUCCAAGCAUAUUUGUCCGACAAGCUUGCAGCUCAGAUGCUGAGGGCUCUGCCUACCAUUCGUCACGGAAUCAAUGAGCGGCUUAGUGCUGUUUCGGCUGAGCUGGAGCUAAUUCCGAAACCGCCCACCCACAACGCGAUGCUGAAAGUGACAGAGAUUCUAAGGGACUUCACUCAAAACAUACAGAAGGACAUAGAAAUCGAUGGCAGUCACGAUGAAACCAGCUGGCGCAACCAGUGGGAAGGCAUUAAGGACAGUUUCAACAACGGGCUUGCGGCGAUGAAACCCGCUCUGAAGCCGUGGGGUACAAGGGACCUCAACCUCAUCCAGUCUUCGUCGAAGGGGAACUCACCGUCGGAUUGCAUUGUCAUCGAUUCUGAUGAUGACGGCGACGAGAGUGGCAACGUGCAAGGACCAUCAACCGAUACUCCGAGCAAGAAGCGAAAAUUGGGAGCCAGCGACGGGAACAAUACCCCCAAGAAACAACCCGUUCGAGGCAAUGUCAAGGUCGAAGCCAAGCCCAUGUGGAAGCCUGGCAAUGACGAGUUAGUUCGAUACAAGACCAGACUUGAUCUCGAUGAUAUUGGACGUCGAAUCAAGGCAACCUCCAAAUCAAGAAUACCCGGCGAGUUGCAGCCGAAGGUCCUAGACCGUAUGAUGAUCAACACCCUGGAACAAUGGCACCGGCCACUUGAUCGAUUCUUCAAUGAGCUAGAGGAAAAGCUGAGAGCUUAUCUGGAAUCCGUCUUUGAUGAACAUUUCCGUGCUUGGCGGGAUGCUGAACUCUACCGUGCUGCUUGGAAGGUGGUUGAGAAGCUUCUUCAGGAUCAUAUCGACGAGCAGCGUCAUACGAUGGCGCCGGAGACUCUGAAAGAUGAACUGGAGGGCCCGUACAUCUACUACAAGGAGGUGUGGCAUGAUGAGAGGUGCAAAGUCGACGAGUUGUACAAGUCACACAGGAUCAGAGCCCGGACGAAGAACUACUUCGACGAAUGGGACUCCAUCUAUGGCAAGACGACUACACCGAACGAACGGGAAAAGCUGUCUCAGAAGGCGGAGCACCGUGAUAUUAUCGUUCAAGAACCCUAUGAGCUUGAGCUAGGCGUCGCUUCCAAGAUCAUCUCAUAUUACAACAUCGCGUCUCGGCGUUUCCAUGACUCCAUCUGCAUGCGCGUUGAGAGCAAACUAUUCAAAGCCCUCCGGACAACUCUUUUCGGGGAGUUGGUGGAAGCACUGACCGCAGGUCCGCAAGGCCACGAGAACUGCAUCCGCCUUCUCGCAGACGAUCCCGACCGUGAGCUUCGUCGCAGGGAGCUCAUACGCAUCAAGGACUCGCUGCUCCGAGGCCUGCAAGAACUUGACAAGCUUCAGGGAAAGUACAACGAUCCGUCAAUGGUCAAAGCCGAACAGCAGGGUUUCAAUCUUCCACUUCGAGCUCCCACCGUUGAGCAAGGCGACUUGAUGAUUGUGGACAGCAAUUGA